AAAAGAAAAAAAGGGAGGGAAGAAGGAGAAAAGGAGAGGAACAACAAGCUUCAAGCUCCCUCAACAAUUCUCGAAGUUUCAAGCCCCAACCUUCUGCCAAGGAUUUUGUGACUACACAUCUUUGGUGACUCCACUGGGGAAAUCUCUGCCUCUCAACUUUCAGUUGAAGAAAAAUUCCACCAUAUCUUUCUAGGCAUGGCGGACUCAAAGCAAGCUGUAACUCCUCUUGCAACUUGAAAAGUUCAAAUCUUUUCCAAUCAAUCUUCCUUGCUGACUCAUGCCAAAGCACGCAUGACGAGAUCCAAGUUGGUCUCCCCCCUGAGGCAAUUCACUAGAAGACGUCGUAAGAAGGCUACAAUGAAAAACGAUCAUUAGCCAUCCAGUCGCCUUUCCAGCCCAUGAAAGAUGUCGAGUGCUUCUCUUCAGAAUCUAGUGAAGGUGAAGAACUCAGUCUCAAGCCCAGUCAUGUGUCUGCUUUGAAGUUAAGGUGGGCUGACUAUCCUUCAUCAUCAUCUGAGUCCCUCUUACCUGCCUUGGUUACUGAAGUGACAUCUGGUGACCCGGAUGCUCUCCUUAAGGCUGUGGAAGGCUUAAGGAAAAAUAACCAAGCAGCAUCAAGCUCAGUUGUUGAAAAAGCCCUCGAAAACAAGCAAGACUCAUUAAGGACUUCAGAUCAGGGUAAGCAAGUCACUAUGGAGGAAAGCUUGGAGCAACAAAAGCAAGAGCAACUAGAUCGAACAAUUCUCCAAGGUGCUUUCCGUGACAUUACUCAUGCUACUGUGGCAUCUCUUACAUUUCCACAACUUAAACUUUUAGUUGAUGAUGUGAUUCGAGCUCGACAAGGAAGGACCUCACAAUCCUCACUUGUGUAUGUCAAGCCCUAUACUCGUAGGAUUGAUAAUCUAAGCCUACCAGACAGUUACCAGCCACCAAAAUUCCAAAAGUUCAAUGGGAAGGGCAACCCAAGGCAACACAUCGCCCAUUUUGUCAAAACAUGCAACAAUGCUGGCACCUAUGGGGACCUCAUGCGUACUGUUAGCCUGCUUGAGCUUGCUAACACCAAGCAAAAGAAAGAUGAGUCUAUGAUAGACUUCAUUGAAAGAUGGAGGAAUCUCAUCCUAAAUUGUCGAGAAAAGAUUAGUGAGAUCUCUUCUAUUGAUAUGUGUGUGCAAGGUAUGCAUUGGGGACUACUGUAUAACCUUCAAGCUAACAUGCCACAUACCUUUGAAGAAUUGGCCACUCGUGCCCAUGACCUAGAAAUUCAAAUUGCUAGGCAUGGUAACUUUCUUCCAACAGACGCUCGUGAUAAAAAAGAGUCUAGAAAAGAUGUGAAGAAGGAAGUGAAACCUUCAAAAGCCAAAGAAAUUAUGGCAGUCACAACAACGCUUGUGAAGAUCUCACAACAAAAGCUAAAGCAAAAUCCUAAACAAGACUCUGAAGUCCCGACUAUCUUUGAGCAAUUGUUGGCACUAAACCUAAUUGAACUUCGAACUCCUAAGCGCCCAGAGGAAGUUGGGAGAGUAAAUGAUCCAAAAUACUGUAAGUAUCACCGAAUUGUGAGUCUUCUAAUCGGUAAGUGUUUUGUGUUGAAAGAUUUGAUAGUUUGUCUUGAGAAAGAAGGCAAAAUACAACUAGAAAGUGAAGAAGGUUCCGCUGCCAUCAAUGUUGCCAUGGUUUCCUUUGGAUCCUUCAGUCCAAUUCCACUCUUGCCUGUGCAACCAACCCCACUAAUGGUUCAGCCUAAGGAGUUUGGUCCCCACCUGCCCAAGGGGGCAAUUCAAGUUAAAUUUCAAACAGAUGAUGAAGAAAAGAUAGCCUAUGCUUAUCCUGGCAUGCCUACUUCUGGAGGUCCAGGCUCUCUUUCUUUAUAUGACCUUAUGACGGUGAAUCUUGAAGAUUGGGAAUCAUCAUCUGAGUCUGAAGAUGAGGUUGGCGAUGGUUGGUCAACCUUCAUUAGUAAGAGCAAAAAACACCGUAAUCCAAUAUCUAGUGGAAUGCCACUCCCAGAUCCUCAUAAAAUCAUGUAUGGUAUCUAUCCAGAGAUAAAGCCGACUGGAUGGUGUUCAAACUCUGAGUUUCCUGCCUUUUACAAUGAUGAUGAUGGGUGGAUUCCAGUUCAAUCAUAAAGGAGGAGGCGUUAUUCAAGACCCACACUACCAUCCAUCCAACAAAAUCAUUCAUUUCUUUCAGCUUUGCCAGCUGCACCAAAAAAUCAAGAACAACGUCAGGCCUGCAGAGGUUGUGAUUUCUCUAUUGAAGUUGUUGGAAUAUUGAAGCAGUACUUCUAUGUCUCAUGUUUAGGAACCCCCUUUAAAUUUUUCUGUGCUGUCUCAGGUUUUGUUGGGGAGAUACUCUCACACCUUUACUGCUGGAGCUUUUGGCUAAUUUGCUUAAGGUUAUUAUUAUUUUAAUGUUUUAGUUACUCAUAUAUGCCUUUAUCUUGCUUUGCAUGAUUUUCAAUGUUAAAUAUUUAUCUUACAACUAGCAUGCAAUAAAUAAUGCAAACUGAA